AGUCAAGUGACAACUAUCUAGCUGAUUGAAUCAUUCGUGAAAAUAUUUUUCAUAUUUUUAUUAUUUUAUUCAAUAAAAUUAUAAUAUUAUUUUCACGUCAAAUUCAAUAAAUAUAUAUUCAUAAUUUUAAUUUAAAUUUGUUACAAAUUAUUUGUGUAUUUAGUUUUUUAAUUUAGAUUUUUAAUAAAAUUAUUUUCUAGAAGUAAACCUUGACCUGUAAAUGCGUCAUGAGUCAUAGAAGAUUAUUACAUUGAAAAUAUAUUUUUAUGAUAAUUUAUUUCUGUGAUAAAUAAUACUAAUAGUAAACAAGUGCCAUGAUGAAGUCAAUAUGUUUUAUUUUGUUAAUGCCAAGUGUAUUAUCAUCAUCAUAUAAACCUGGUGAUGCUUAUUAUAAAAAAGAAAAAUUACCAACAAUUUCUUCCUGGGCAUCACUUGAUUAUGCAUUUUCAAAUUCACGUGAACGACUAGAGUCAAUAAUUCGAGGUGAUUUUAUUCCUGGUGUUGCUGUUCCACUUGACAUGGAUGUAAUAAAAAUAUUUGAAGAAAGAAAAAUAUUUAUUACGAUACCACGAUUUCAAAAAGGUGUACCAGCAACUCUUGGAUAUUUUACAAGUAAAGAUUCUAAUCCACCAGCUAUAAAACCAUUUCCAAAUUGGCAAAUGAAUAAGCUUGGCAAUUGUCAAGGAAUGACAAACAUUUAUCGUAUUAAAAUUGAUGAGUGUGGAAGACUGUGGGUUUUGGACACUGGAAAAUUUGAAGGCAAGCGAAUUUGUCAAGCUCAAUUAUUAAUUUUUAAUCCAAGAUCUGGUGAACUUUUUCAUCGAUAUAGAUUUCCAGAAAGUCAAUUAACUAAUACAUCAAAUUUUGUAAAUUUAAUUGUUGAUAUUCGUGAUCCACAAGGACAAUGUAAAGAUACAUUUGUUUAUAUAACAGAUGUAGAUGCAUUUCAGCUAAUUGUUUAUGACCAUGCCAAUCAUAGAUCGUGGAAUAUUCGAAAUAACUUAUUUUAUCCUUAUCCACCAUUCGGAACACUAACAAUUAAUGGAUUGAGUUUUGAUUUAAUGGAUGGUAUUUUUACUGGGGCAUUGAGUCCAAUUAAAAAUGGUGAUAGAAUUUUGUAUUUUCAUUCACUUGCUAGUAAUGUUGAAAGCUACGUUUCUACGUCUAUUUUAAGAAAUUACAAUCUAUUCAAAGAUAAUCCAAAUGCAGCUGCAAGAGAAUUUAAAUCAUUUACUAAAACAAGAAUAGCACAAGCUUCAGCUCAAGUCAUGAACAAAAAUGGUGUAUUAUUUUAUGGACUAGUUCCAGAAGUUGCAAUUGGUUGCUGGAAUAGUAGAGACUAUCCAGAGUAUGGUGGUAAUAAUCUCGAAGUUCUUGUUGCUAAUAAAGAUACAUUACAAUUUGCAUCAGGCAUGAAGAUCAUACCAUCUUCAAGUGGUGAAGAUGAAUUGUGGGCGAUGACAAUGUCAUUACAAAAAGUCUGGACAAGUACCAUCAAUCCAAACGAAACAAAUUUUAGAAUUCAAGUAGCUUAUAUCGAUGAAUUAGUUAGAGGAACUAAAUGUGAUGUCACAUCACAUCGUAUCAAUCUUUAAUAAAUAUAUUUUACUGUAAUAUUAUUUUACAAAAAAAAAUAUUAAUCAAUGAAAUGAAUAUUAAACAAGUAAUAAAUAAAAUUAAAAUACAAAUAUGAAAACUAAUAAUAACAAUAAGUCUAUAAAUAUAAAUCAAUGCUAAAAAAUAAAAUAUGUCUUGUUACAUGAAAUAUAUUAUGAUUUAUGUGUAAAUAAAAACAGUGUAUUACAGUGAUCGAUUUGAUUGUAACAAAAACAUAUCCCAGGAAAUGUAAAAGAAAAUAGCAGAAACGAAAUAAAAAAAAAAAAACAAAACAAAGGCGAAGCAAUUUGAUUCCUUGUUCGGCAUAAUACGAAGUAUAUUUGCAAGAUGUCUGUAAUAGUUGUGGUUUUCUAGUGAAUAUAACGAGCAUCUUAACAUCAUGUAUCGCAAAGUGCGUGAGUUCGAUUUAUAUACAUUCAAGCCAUACAAAUGUAGGUUAAAUUACAUGUGGCAGUAUUGCUUGUUUUUAUAGUCUAUAUUUAUUUCACAACAAACCACACACAUACAAUAAUAAUAAAAUAAAAAAUAACACAAAACUCGUCGUAAUAGAUCGAUAGAAAAAUUAAAAAAUACCGAUAGUAUUUCUUCUCAUGAGCAAGAUAAAUUUCUACGUCUAUAAUCGAUGGCCUUUUACACUACCAGUUGAUCGACAAAUUCAAGAAAAAAAAAAAUAGAUAAACAAUGACACAUGGUAUUUGAUCUAUCAACACUAUUAUCAAAAAAUAAAAUAAAUAAAUUACAAUGUGAAAUGAAAAAUAAAUAAUUUCUAUUGAAAUGAAUAUUUCGAAAAAAAUAAAUAAACUGACACAAGUAAAUAAUAUUCAAUUCAAUAGUGUGUGAAAUUUUUUAAGAUGUUGAUAAUAACUUCUGAAUAAAUAUCAGCUAGAGCCAAGUGAUUUGUCGAGGUGUGUGUUUAAAAUCACAACUUGAAUUAAAUAGCAAAUUGUAGCUUUUUUUUUCGUUACAAAUAAAUGAUAAUUAACAGGUGAAUUGUCAUCAAGUUAUAGACUAGAUAUCAAUAUAAAAUAACACAUGUAUUUAUUUAUAAAUAAUACUUAAAAAUUAAAUACUGAAAUUUACAUUGAUUGAUAGAUAA